UUCUGCAGAUAUAUCAACUGCAAAGUAUUUAAAAUUUGUUUAAAAUUGUUUUGAUAUAAAAAAUCAAAAUAAUAAAACAGUUUUUCUUCAACUUUUUUCGUAUCAUCUAACUGAUUUUUUUCGAAAAGUGAUUUUCUGGUCCUGAACUUCAAUGCCAAACAGGGGUAGAGCCGAGUUUUAUUUAUUUAUUUAUUUUUUGGGAAAAUGACUUGCUGAAAAGUUUAAGGCUUAGUUGAAUGGUUCUUCUUCUUUCUUGUUACAGGGACGUGUUUAUGUACUUCCUAUUUUUGGUGUAAAUUGCAAUCUCUAUGUUCUGCAUGUUUGUGUUCGGGGAUUUUAGGCAAACUUUGGUGUUUUCUUUGUUUGUAAAUUUCUCUUAGUGGGUACUUGUGUAUUAACCUAACGGAAUGUUAAUUAGGUUCUUUGUUUGUUUUUCCACCUGUAAGGUGUUAGUUUACUAUUAUUUCUCAGAUUUGAUUAUACUCUCAAAAGUAAUGCAUUGUGUAUCAAGUGUCUUAUUCACUUAUGAAUAUGGAAAAAUUUAGGUACUAUGUCUGAUGUUUCAGAGCUUCUUGCAGGCCUAGUUAGUGUUCAAUAAUGGCACCAAAUCCCAGAGUUAUGAAGGCCUUUCGUGCAAUGAAGGCAAUUGGCCUAAAUGAGGAUAAAGUGAAACCAGUCUUGAAAAAACUUUUGAAAUUAUAUGACAAGAAUUGGGAACUGAUUGAAGAAGAGAAUUAUAGGGUUCUUGCAGAUGCCAUAUUUGAUGAAGAUGAUUCUAAGGUGUCGGAGGAGAAAGAGAACGGUAAUCAAGGAGAAGAUUUUGCUGAUGAAGCAGAGGUGCAUGAUGAACCUGAAAGGCCGCUAAAGCGAUUGCGGCCAAGAAGUCAAGAAGAGCAGGCUUCUCAAUCUACAGUGGUUGGAACUUCAUUAAGAAAACCUCUGUUGGAUGAUGAGGGGAAGCUGGGCGCAAAUUCUUUGCAGCAACCACCAGACAUGAUGAAGUUGCAAUCUGGGCCUAUUUCACCCCAGAAUCAUCCUAGAGAUAAGGGAAAGCAACAGGCAUCACCUAUUCAUUUUGGAGCACAAGGAAUAUCUAACUCAUAUACAGACAGAACUCUGCCUUAUGAUUCAGACUCACCUCAUGUGCGGCAUGCAUACAAAGGAAAAGAACCUUUGUUACCUCAGGUUGCUCCUAGGGAGAAGAGACCUGUUGUGGAGAGGUCACCUCAUGCAGUGCGGUUCAAAGAUUCCACAGUUGAUCCAGACGGUGCACUAAUACCAACACAAAAGGUGCUUGAUUCUCAUGCUCUGCUCAAGCCUAAAGAUGAGCCAUAUACUGAUGACUUGCCUCCUGAUGAUGUACCUCGAUAUGAGACUCCUAUUGCUGUGAUUCGACCAGAUUCCAUUAGAAAAGAAGAUAUUUCAGUUAGGAGAAUUUUAACAGGAAAGCCAGAUGAUCAGGAGCCUCCAGCAUCCCAUUUUGCAGCUGAAGAAGAUAGAGGUGGCAGUGUUCCAACUUCAUCAAGUAGCCCAAGAGCCACCUCUGAGCUUGCAGCUGUUCGGGAGGGAUCUCCUGCUAACUUAGAGAUUGCCUCCUCAUCAUUGGGAGAGGAAAGUUUAAUGAAUGUACAACCAUCUGUUGGUGCAUUGAAGAGUUCAGGUGCUUAUAGUGCUUUGGAUGUUGGGGGCAUUGGAAAGCUUAAUGGAUCAAUUGAUACCCAUUGCUUUUCUGAGGCGGCUGCACUUCAACUUCCAAGGCAGAUAAAAUCUGUCGGUGAGGACACCCAUUUUAGUACAAGUGGUUCUGCUGAAAGUAAUGGAGGACAGGAAUUGAGAGACCCUGAGUCAUGUAGUUUGGUGGUUGUUCCACAGCAUCAGCUCAUGUUUGAGGAACAAAGAUCUCAUCAUCACUUCAAUGACAUAACCAAGGGAGAAGAAAAUGUUGAGAUUUCAUGGUUGAAUGAAAUCAACCAUGAGCGCCCUCCUUCUUUUAUAUACAUACCUCAAAAUCUGGUUUUUCAAAAUGCUAAUUUGACAUUCACUCUUUCUCAAAUUAAUGCUGAAGAUUGCUGUCAUUCUUGUAUUGUUGAUUGUCUAUCCUCAACCUCAGUUUGUGUUUGUGUCCAUGAAACUGGGAACGAGUUUGCAUACACAUCAAAAGGCCUCAUCAGAGAGGAUUUCUUAGAAGAAUGUAUCUCCAUGACCCGUGAUCCUCAAAGACAGUGCCUCUCCUAUUGUAAAGCUUGUCCUCUUGAAAUAUCUAAAAAUGAUGAGUGCUUGGAACCAUGCAAGGGUCACUUGAAGAGGAAAUAUAUCAAAGAAUGUUGGAGUAAAUGUGCCUGCCAUAAGCGGUGUGGCAAUCGAGUUGUGCAGCAGGGUAUAAGGUGCAAGUUGCAGGUUUACUUUACACCUGAAGGAAAGGGAUGGGGCCUUAGAACCAUAGAAAAGCUGCCAAAAGGGACCUUUGUGUGUGAAUAUGUUGGAGAAAUACUGACCACCAAAGAGUUGCAUGAGAGAAAUGUACAGAGGACAAGGGGCAUCAACAAUGAGCGGUAUACCUAUCCAGUUCUAUUGGAUGCAUAUUGGUGCUUGAAAGGAGCUUUGAAGGAAGAAGAAGCUCUUUGUUUGGAUGCAACAUUCUAUGGGAAUGUUGCUAGGUUUAUCAAUCAUAGGUGCCUUGAUGCAAAUUUGAUUGAGAUCCCGGUUAAGAUGGAGACCCCAGAUCAUCAUUAUUAUCAUUCUGCCUUCUUCACAGCAAGAGAAGUAAAUGCCUUGGAGGAGCUAACUUGGGUGCUCAAUUGGCAUCCUUCAGUUACACCAUACAUGUACUUGUGAAAAUAACAUCACUUCUCUGGUGGAACCAUCUAGUUAAAUGUGGAAGAAUAUUUCAGUUCCAUAUGGCCUUUUCAGACAGUGUUCAGUCAGCUUCAAUCUUCUAAAGGAUUACGGUUUUGACUUUGAUGAUGAUGAUCAUCCUGUGGAGAUGUUCAGGUGCCUAUGUGGCAGCAAGUUCUGCAGGAACAUGAAACGUCCAAAUAGGUCUAAAUCUUCAUUGAGAUGAUUAGAUACAUGGGCAUUAUAGGACUUGAACUUUUUGCUGUUAUGUUCUACUCCACCUGACAAGGAGGUGAGGUUGAUUUUGCGCCAAAUAUCAGUUCCAGCAACCCCUGGCCGUCUUGUAUUGUUAUAUAAAUCUGUCAAGGAUAUGAGAGGGUGUUCGAGGGGAAUUUGGACGUUGGUGUUUUUUGGCUUUUUCAGAAGUUGGUGUUAAACAUACAUAGUUGCUCUUUA